CCGAGGCUAUUUUUACACAAAUUACUUAAACGAGAACAAAAUUUAAAGUACGUCUCAAAAUGAUCUAUUUGUGCAACAACAACAACCCAGUAAAAUCCCAUUCAGUGGGUCUGAAAAAUGAUCUAUUUGUGCAAAUCUCCCAAUACUUUCCCCUUUGACGGCCCAUGACCAACAGCCCAAAUCUUCUCGAUCCGCCAAAGCCCAAAUUAGGAAAUCGCGCCAAAUAGCCUGAGCAAAAUCCAUCAUCUAUCACCUUCACCUUUCUGAACCUCUAAAAGUGCCAUGGAAUUUGUGUGAGAAAUGGUUGAGUUGUGUUGUUCAAUGGAUGCGGCUGUUAAAACGGAGGAGGAGUUUGAACGGCUUCCGUUGAAACAGCGAUUGAAGUUACUUUUAGCCAGCAAGCGUCUUCUGGAAUCUUCCAAUGUGUUGCAGACUUCAAUUGAUACCUUCGUGAAAAAGGAAGAUGAACAGUGUGAUUCACAGAAUCUCCAUUCGGCUUAUUCGGUUCAACAAGAGAAACUAGAGAGUUUGGCACUGCAACAAAAUAUUACUGAAAAAGUUGAUACUGUUGAGAGUUCUCCACUUCAACUGUCAUUGUCACCAAAGUUUCCCAUCAAUGUGAAGGUUGAGUGUGCCAAGAACAGCACGGUGAACUCAUUCAGUAACCUUGUCAACGAUUCAUCUAGUGCUGAUGGGAAAGAAAUCAAUAGCAAGAAACCUGAUGACUUUUUGGAUGAUCUUGAUUUUGUUGUGCUGAAAGAAAGGCAGAGAAUUCUGCAUUCAAGGAAAGAGCAAUGCUUGAAGACGUCAAUUUUAGAGGGUAAACCUUCCAACUUUUCCAGUGUACUCAUGAAUGACACAACUCCUCGAAGUGCUGGGAUAGUAAAAGGACAGCUUCGUCCUAUUAAAGUGAUCGGUAAUGGUUCUCAUGAAUUUCAUAGGAUUUCUAAUCAUUCAAAUGCGGCAGUUGGAGGUUUGUCUAGUACAGAUCCUCAAGUUUCUAAGAUGGGGCAUCACUGUCAGAGAGAUCAGUUGUCUGACUCUGGAAAUUCAAUGGAACUUCUAGGAAAUGGAAGGAGAACACUUUCCAAACAAGAAGAUUCAAGUCGUGCACUAGACCUUUCUUCUUUUAAUAGGAAGAGCAAAGUUAGUUCUCCUAUAUCGGACCUUGUACAUGUCAAGGUUGAACCUGUGGAUAACAGUAUGGAUGAAACCACUGCAAAGAAUGGAAUGGGUACUAUGCCCCAUAGUAGCACCACUCUGGUGAAAACUGAAAUCGGAAUUUCCUAUGAUUCUUCUGGAGAUGAACUGGAUCAUAUGCUGUUACGAGAGCGAAUGAAGUUAUUCUCUUCGAGAGCGGUUCCUUCAUUUGAGAUAGGUAGAAUUGCAGACUGCUCAAGGAAAAUAGUUUCUUCCGUCUCUGAUUGCACGCCCAUCUCAUCAGUGCCAGCUAAACCACUGAGGGUUAGUCGGCCACGGAAACGAAGGAAAACAGCCACAGAGUCAGUUGAAGUAGCAAUGGAGGAAGAUGCUCCUGGACUCUUGCAGGUAUUACUAGAAAAAGGCAUAUCUGUUGAUGAGAUUAAGCUGUACGGAGAAAAUCAGAGUAACGAGCCUCUUGAUGAUUUGACCUCUGAAGACAGCUUCUCAGAGCUUGAAGCUGUUAUAUCAAAGCUUUUCUCCCAGCGACAGUCAUUGUUAAAGCUAGCUCCACUCCAGUGCACAAAAGGUGAAAAAGCUAGCUAUUGUUUGGCUUGUCUAUUUUCACUUGUUGAGCAGGCACGGUAUCUACAUUUCCGAAAGUGGCCUGUUGAAUGGGGUUGGUGCCGAGAUCUCCAAUCAUUUAUAUUUGUCUUUGAAAGGCAUAACAGGAUUGUGCUUGAGCGUCCUGAAUAUGGCUAUGCAACGUACUUCUUUGAACUGGUGGAUUCCACCCCUAUUGAUUGGCAAAUCAGGCGAUUGGUAACUGCUAUGAAGCUUACUAGCUGCAGCAGGGUCAACCUAAUCGAGAAUAGAACACUGGCGGUUGGAGAAGAGCUGAGUGAAGGAGAAGCAAGAGUAUUAAUGGCAUAUGGUUGGGUCCCUAACACCGGUCUGGGGACGAUGCUCAACUACUGUGAUCGAGUUUUCCAUGACAGAAAGACAGAGAAAGAUAUCUCGGAGUGGAGGUCGAAAAUUGGGCAGUUGCUUAUAGAUGGAUACAACGGCGGUUCACUAGUAGGAAAAACUGUGGAUUUCAGUGUUGCUCUGAACUGCCCUCAAAUCAAGUUAGAACUAGAUUAAAACCUAGCAUCACUAAUCUAAAACUUAGUAAAUACCAUCCUUUUGUGUUUUCUGUUAAACUAGCCUAAAAUGCAUUUUUGUACAGAUUUUUGGCUUUAUAUUUUAGGCAGGCUGUCUAACCUUAGUUAAUGUUUAAAUUACCUUCAUCUGUUAAAUACGUAUAAUAUAAGCAGAAAUGAAGUGCUUUACAUUGAUA